AUCCACGCCGGCGCCGAGGCGCGCGCAUUGAGCGAUGGCAGAGGAGACCAGGAAACGCUGUCCGGGCAGGGCUGCGAGGAACACCUUGCCGGUGCCCCGGGACCUGCAGCUGCCUCCGACCAAGAGAGACCAGCCGGCCUUCAGAGAACAAAGAAAAGAAAAACUCAAGGAAUAUCUGUUAACACGAAAAACAAUGUUUUCAUACAAACAAGGAAAUCAGAUAUCCAGAGAUCAGAAAGUGAAGACGUCUGAAGAUCAGGUCCAAGAAGGGAAGCGAGUUCUGAAACUCAAAACAGAAAUGGCCGAUAAAGAAAAUAUUGGAAACACAAGAAACUGCAUUCCAUUAAAAGCUGGUGACGUAACCAGUUCAGAAAGACACAACCUGAAGGAUAACAUUCAAGCUGUGCAGUUAUUAUCAACUCGAGGUGAUUUCCAAGGACAGACAAUGACGUCAGACCAGGCAAGUCACCUUAAAGACAAUAAAAAGAUGCAAGCAACACCAGAAAAGCCCAGACAGGAUGCUAACGUGCCCAAAAAACGAGCGCUUGGCUAUUAUCAUGGCCAGGUUGUUCAGUCCAAGAUUAAUUCAUUUAGAAAGCUUCCAAAUGUCAAAGGUGAGAAUCCGGCAACAAGCAAGAAACUUCCUGCUACUGUGUCCAAAACAGCAAAGGCUCAGUCUGUGUCUGCAAACUCCAUCAGUGUAAGAGCCUCAAACGUGACUGCUGCCACCAAGUGUGUCAACGCUAAGUCUGUGAGCACUACAUCCAAGAACACGCUUGUGCGACCACCCAUUAGAAGCCUCCACGGUGAUACCCAGGGCGCUGUGAAACAGGGUCUCGGCAGGACCCUCGCCAACGUGACUGUCAGAAAGGGGCCCUUUAAAAAAGAAUCACUACGAUCAGAAGCGGUUGCAUCUGUUGUUGAUUCCCGUCCUCAGGACAGGAAAAGAGAUAAGGCACCGUCAAGAAGUGUGACAUCUGAAGGUGUAGCCAGGACUAAUUUGUCUAAUACCAGACUGAUAGAAAAGUCAAAAAAUGCCGACCAGCGCAGAUACACAGUAGCAGGAGCAACUGUCCAUAGAUCACUUCUGCCCAGAGAAACCACAGAAGAGAGAAAAGCUCGAACGGCUGAAUGGAGAACUGGCAAAGGGAAGGGGCUGAAAAGGCCCCCUAAUUUAGUAGCUAAUCAGUCUGAGCCCAAAGGGCCAAGUGAAAACCCAGUCGAGUCCUUUUGGACUACCAUGGCAGAAGAAGAUGAACAGAGACUGUUUACCGAAAAAGUAAACAAGACCAUUUCUGAAUGCCUGAACCUGAUCAAUAAGGGAUGCCCAAAAGAAGAAAUUUUAGGCACAUUGAAUGACCUGAUUCAUAAUAUUCCAGAUGCCAAAAAACUUGUUAAAUAUUGGAUAUGUCUUGUACGUAUUGAGCCAAUCACAAGUCCUAUUGAAAAUAUUAUCUCAAUCUAUGAGAAGGCCAUUCUGGCAGGGGCUCAGCCCAUUGAAGAGAUGCGACAAACAGUCAUAGAUAUUCUAACAAUGAAGAGUCAAGAAAAAGUUAAUUUGGGAGAAAACAGUGUGGAGGCUCAUGCAACCAAGGGACAUACCCAGGAAGUCAAAAUUGAAGAAACAAGUGUCAAUCUAGAGCCAGGAAAUCCAGGAGAGGAGAUUGAGUGUCAAAGAAACGUUGAAGGUUGUGAAGACAACCAAGACAGCAAAACAAAAGAUCAAACCGACGAUUUUAUAACCCCUGAUUCAAAAUCGGAAGAAGGUUGCCUGAUUAGGUAUAAUGUAUCUUCUACACCAUGCUUACAAAGUAUGAAAAAGAAGAUACAACACGGUAAAAAUUCCACAUUUAAAGAGCUGAAGUUUCUCACACCAGUGAGGCGUUCCCGACGCAUUCAAGACAAGUCUUUCCAGCUGCCGGACAUGUUAAAAGACCACGACCCUUCUGUGUCUUCCCUGGAACAGCUGUCUGAGUUGGGAGAGGAUGCUUUUGUUUGCCGUCCUAAUGCAGCACUGUGCCCCAUGUUCUCUGAGACCGACCUAGUGGGAGAGAAAUAGUGCUCCUGAGCAAGGAGCUGUUGUCUUACUCCUGUGGUGAUUUGUUACGUACAGCUCUAACAGGUCUGGAGCUGCCCACGUGCCGAAGUACAGUACGGUGAACUUCUUUAGCUGCUUUAUUGUUUUUAAGAUUUAAUUUUAGCUUCCUCACUUUACUAAUUCCUUACACUAAUGCUGCAUAGUCAGAAAGUGUAGUCUAUAUAAAUUUAUAUUUUUACAGUGACUUUGUACCUAAUGUGUUUAUAAUAAAUAUCUGUAUAGUG